AUGAAUGAUGUGUAUAAUCAUCCUGGAAUACCUGCAACCACUGAAGUGCGAUUAUUCCAAGAGAAAAUACGUUUUCGUGCCGUUAGUACUAAUGAAAAUACUCAAAGUGUUGUCGACAACUGUUUAAAAGAUGUAUCAGAUCAAACGGUCGCUCGACUUCCAAAUUUUAAAUACAUUAAAAGAAACAUUCAAAGACAACGUCAAAGAAAUACUUUACCUCAAAUUCGAAAAGAUGAACACUGUUCAACAAUUCAAACACUUUUAUCAAAUACUAUUAGACACAACAAAUUCUUACAAUUUGAGUCAGGACCUGAUGAUAGUCGUUUAGUUAUAUUUGCAUCAAUAGAAUAA